AUGUGCGUAGAUUACCGGGCGCUCAACAAGAUAACCAUUAAGAAUCGAUACCCAUUACCCCAGAUUGAUGAUCUUAUGGACCAGUUGGAAGGAGCAAGCAGAACUUGGGAGGAACAUCUUGUUCAUGUCAAGAAGGUGUUUGAAGUGCUGCAGAACGGACAGCUAAAACUUAACGAGAAGAAGUGUGAAUUUGGGAAGGACGAGUUGGUGUAUCUCGAGUUCAUCGUGGGGAAAGGCCAGCGAAGGAUAGAUCCACGCAAGGUGACAGUGAUCACGAAGUGGCCGACACCUAGGACAGUGACGCAGGUGAGAAGCUUCAUGGGGGCUUCACCUUUACAUAGCCUUACGAAGGUGAAGGUUCAGUUCGAGUGGGGGAGGAUGCAUGAGGAAGCUUUUCAGUUAUUAAAGAGGAAGAUCUCAGAGGCACCGGUAUUAGCAUUACCGAAUUUACAGAGGACUUUCGAGGUAGAGAGCGACGCUUCUAGUUAUGCUAUGGGUGCAUGA